UGCACAGACAAGAGUGGCAGUCGGUAGCUUUCUUUUUUUUAAAGUUACUUUUUAAAGCGGUUCGCCCUUGACCCUUAUCCCCUGUUGCGGUGGACUCGUCGCUCCCGUGCAGCAGCCAUGUCGUCCGGAGCGCUCUUCCCCAGCAUGGUGUCCGGCUCACGAGGCACCUCCAGCAAGAACCUGGUGGAGUUCCGCGCCGGGAAGAUGAGCCUGAAGGGCAGCACGGUGACGCCAGACAAGCGCAAAGGCCUCGUCUACAUCCAGCAGACAGACGACUCGCUCAUCCACUUCUGCUGGAAGGACCGGACCACCGGCAAUGUGGAGGAUGACCUGAUCAUCUUUCCUGAUGACUGCGAGUUCAAGCGGGUCAACCAGUGCACCACAGGCCGCGUCUAUGUGCUGAAGUUUAAAGCCGGGACCAAAAGGCUCUUUUUCUGGAUGCAGGAGCCCAAGACAGACAAGGAUGAGGAGUACUGCCGCAAAGUGAACGAGUACCUGAACAACCCACCCAUCCCCGGUGCCAUGGGGGGCCAAGGCAGUGGGGGACAUGAGCUGUCUGCCCUGGGAGGUGAAAGUGGACUGCAGAGCCUUCUGGGUAAUAUGAGCCAUAACCAGUUAAUGCAGUUAAUCGGACCAACUGGCCUUGGAGGUCUUGGUGGUCUAGGUGCAUUGGCAGGGCCCGGAUUGGCCAACCUGUUGGGCAGCGCAGCCCCGCCCGCCAGCAGCCCUCUGUCCAGCUCUCGCAGUCAGUCAACAGCCACCGUGCCCUCCUCGGCCUCCCCUGCACCCCGGCAGAGCUCGGCCCAGACCACACCCACACCCGUCGCUCCACAGGUUACUGCUUCCCCUGCGGCCAUUCCCACGACACCUGCGGCCCCCCCCAGCCCCACACAUCCCAUCCACCUGAGCGACCUGCAGAACAUCCUGGCCACCAUGAAUGUACCCACCCUGGCGGCUGGUACUCAGGGAGUGGACUUGGCCAGUGUUCUGACGCCAGAGAUCAUGGCUCCUAUCCUGGCCAACGCCGAGGUCCAACAGCGCCUUCUGCCGUACCUGCCCUCAGGCGAGUCGCUGCCGCAGACUGCUGACGAGAUCCAGAGCACGCUGACGUCACCGCAGUUUCAGCAGGCAAUGAGCAUGUUCAGCAGUGCACUGGCCUCAGGGCAACUAGGGCCGCUUUUGAACCAGUUUGGCCUUCCCUCAGAGGCCGUGGACGCCGCCAACCGAGGAGACGUGGAAGCAUUUGCCAAAGCCAUGGAGAAUGACAGCAAAGGGGAGAAAGACCGGGACUCGAAAGACAAGAAGGAUGACGAAGAUAUGAGCCUUGACUAAAGUACCUUGUUUUAUUGGCGC